UCUAAAUCAUUUCAAUAAAAUUUUAAGCAUCUAUUUAAAAUUAAUUUCAAUCUUAUUUGUCAAUAAUAACACUAACGUCAACAAUAAAAACUUAUUAUUUAAUAACAGUUUAAUAUCCCCCUUAUUGAUUUUAAACUCCUACUCAUUCAAAUUAAAUUUGAAUAACUCAAAUUUAAUUUUAAAUUUGUUAUCAAUUUUUGUCUUUAAAUGUUUAUCGACAAACAACUAUAAUUUCAAUUCUUUGUUAAUCCUAUUCAAUUCAAAUACUAACAUUAAAUUCGAUAUCUUUACAAAAUUAUGGAAUAAAUCAUUAAACUCAAAUAGUUCUCAAAACAAUCUGAAUUUGAAUAUAAACUAUUAUCCUGGAAUUUUAACAAUUACAAAAAGGUUCACUAAUAUGCUAUCUAUUUUGAUUCCAACUGAUAAAGUUAAUAAAACCAAUACUGAUGAUAACAGUACUGAUGAUAACAAUAAUGGCAAUAACCAAAUUUUAAACCAAUUAUUAACUAAUCUAUUUCCAUAUUCUCUAAAGUCUAUACUAUUCAAUUCUUUAUCUCUUAUUCCCUUCCUAACAAAUUUAAAUUCAUUUCUUGAAUAUUUUAUUUCAAAUCAUAAUAAUACUAAACUUAAAUUCAAAAAAGACAAAAUCGGUAAAUUUUCACACAAAAUAGAAAACCUAAACUUGAAUUUCAAUACUACCAAUAACUCCACUGAUAAAAAACCAAAAAAGAACGGCAAUAAUGAAUUUAGUAAUCAAAAUUUGUUUAAUAACGAUCAAAUCGCUGAUGAAACAAAUCCAAAGAAAACCAAUGUAUUAAAUUCUCAACUUUUAGAUUAUUUGAUUGAAUUAAUCAAUAUAUUUGAUAAAACCCAAAUCAACAAUGAAUUUAUAACAAUAUUUUCAAUUAAUGCUUUAAAUUCAAACUCAAAUUCAAGCUUGCUUUCUAUUUUGGAAAAUUUGUUAACUAUUUUAUCCUUUUUUGAAAAUAAAUCCUUGUUGAAUGUUUCUAAUUCUUCUUUGAAUAUUCUAAUAUUGAGAUCUCUACAUUAUUCAAUCGAAUCAAUCUCUAUAAAUUUAAUUCAAAAUUCAGAAUUGCUUAAAAAUUCAAAUUCCAAAAUCAAACCUUUAAUCUCAAAUUAUUUGGAUAAGUAUCAUUCAUUUGAAAGCGGAAAUUCAGUUUAUACUAAUUUACUUCAAUCAAAAAUAUUGCAAUUUAAAGUACUAUUUGAAGUUAUUGAUCAAAAUUAUACUUUAAAUUUUAAAUCAAUGUUUGCCAAUAAUAAUUUUGUUAACAACGAUUAUGAAAUCAAUCUAAUUAAUUUGCUAAAUAUUUCACUCAUUAAAAUCAAUGAUUUCCUAACCCCAUCUUUCGAUGGCUAUAAGAUUGGAAAUAAUGAUGAAGGUAAAGAUGAAAAUAAAUUGGAGGAUUUUGAAGAUCCCUUUAUAAAAUUGCAUUUGAUUUUUAGUCAAUUUGGAUCAACAUUAUCUUUAAUCUCAAUAUUUGUUUACAUAAUUUACAUUUUAGCAAGAGAAGUUUUAAAUGAUUUAAAUUAUUUAAGGAAAUUGCCUUCUUUUUUUCAAGAAAAUAUCAUGGACUUAUCAAUUAUUCCUCCUGUCUCGCGUCUAAAUUUUAUUUAUCCAAAAAAGAGCUUGAACAAUUCAAUUCUUAAUGAUUAUGAAAAUACGGAUGAUCUAUUUGACAACGAUGAAAUCGUAAAACUUCAAACUUACAAAAAGAUUUAUGACUGUUUAGAAUUAAGUUUGUUGAUUUUGUAUAAAUUAUUAGGCAAUCUAACUGAAAAGAAAAAUUGGGUUAAUUUCAAUGGCAUCUACAACAGAAAAUGUUUUAAUACCUCAGUAGAAAUUCAAAGUAAACUCACUACUUUAAAAAGCUCUGUUGGCUCUUUGCCCAAAGAUACGAACUUUCUGAAUCAUCCAAUUGCCUUUGGAGAGGUUAUUGGAGCUCUGCCUGGUAGCAACGCAUUGGGUCUGGAGAAUUCUGCAGAGAAUAUUGAAAUUUUAAAUAGCUUAUUUUAUAAGUCAUUUGAUGAAUUUCUUAAACUCAAUUUUACUAGCUGCUUUACAGUUUUAAUGAUUUCAGAUGAAUGCAAUUUGAAAUCAAUCAACUAUGAUAACCUUUGUUCUAUUUUUGAAAAAACACUAUUUCAGGAUAUAUCUCCUCCCGAAUCUGCCUCGAGCUCAAUUAAUGUUAAUAGCAAUCCAAAUCAAUCGGUUGUUGCUACUGCUACUGCUAACAAUGGUGUUAUUAAUGUCAAUCAAAGUAAAUUUAAUUCUAUUUUUUUUGAUUUAAGCUCUUUCAAUUUUAUCUAUAAUAAUCUUGUUUUCAAAAUCAUUGAGAAACUUAUUCAAAUUGAUAAUAACGAUAUCAAAUUUAGCAAGGACAAUGCUAGUUUUGAUUUGCAAAAUGAUAAUAAUUUUAACUUAUUUUCAUUAAUUAAGUUUAUCUUAAAUAUUUCUAUGAUGGACUUAUCUUUUGUUAAGAUUUCAAUUAUAUUGUUGAAUCAUUUGAUAUUUCAUAAUAUUCCCAAUCAAAAAGAGGUUGAUGAGGAUAUAAAAAACUGUGAUAUGCGUAAUAAAUCAUCAAAUGAAGACUUGAGUGAGUUUCGACAUGCAAUUUUGGCAGACGAUUCCAUAAGUGAUAUGUUAUGGAAAUUUGUUUCUUCGUGGGACACUAAAAACCUUUCAAUUUUUGAAAAAUUGAGAGAGUUCUUGUCAUCAAAAUAUAAAGACUUGAAAAUUCAACAAAAGGCUGAGAUUGAAAAAUUUGAAAGUCAAAACGGUAAUCAACCAUAUCGUAUAACAUUAGAACAGCUUCAAAAGUAUAUUAACAUAAGUGAUUUGUUUGCUCGCAGCGAUAGAAAAACAAGUUUUAACGAUACCAUGGAGUUUAGUGGAAUUGGAAACACCCCUAAUGAGAUCAAUUCCAACUUUCAUUCAAACUCCACUUCUUGGGGAGGUGUUAGUAAUUCUAGUGGUGAUGUCAUUCAAUUAAAGGCACAACUAAUUAACGAAGGGUUAUUAGGUCAAAACCAAAAUCAAAAUCAAAACAAUUAUAAUUACCAAAAUUCUGGUUCAAGUUUUGAUGAUGAAAAGGGAAAGGAUUUACAUGACGCUAACCAUACUGAUAAUCAAAAUCAAUUCAACUAUAGUUUCACCAGUAACAAUAAUAGUCAGAAUGAUAGUCCAAACAGCAUGAAUUUUUCGAACAUGUCAUUUUCAUCGGUGAAUAAUUCACUAUUUGCACCAUACAACGGUAAUAUUAUGGAUAAAAAUAUGAAAAUCAAUAACAUUUUAGGCGGGAGCAAUAUCAAUAGUAUUGAUAAUAUUAACAAGAGCUAUAAACAGGAUAAGAAAUCGAAUAAUGACUACGGGAAAAAUAAAAAGAAUAACAAUUUUUUUAAUUCUGGUGGAAUGAAAAAUUCCAACGGGAUGAAUUUUCAGUCUCGCUACUCAAACAAUAAUACAAGUUCUACUAAUUUAAACAAUAGCAAUAGGGCUAAAAGCAUUCAUGUUGAUCAAUUCGGAAAAUGAUCAGAUUUUUAUUUUUUUAAAGUGAUGAUGUUACAUAUUUUUUAUUAAUAUUUUUAUGAAAUUUUAUAUUACUUUAUAUCAUUUUAUAUCAUUUUAUAUUAUCUUGCAUUCAACAUUACAUAUUCCCAAAAGUUGGGUUUUGCUUUUAUUACUUUUUGCACUAUUUUUUUU